AUGAGCCUCAACCGAGAAGAUCGCAACCUCGAGAUGGCCGAGAUCGCGGCCCGCCCUCAUGCCUCCUCCCAAUGGGAUGGAGAGAAGCCCGACACAUCGAAAGAGGCAGACAGGCCGUCAUCGUCUGGAACCUCGGUCUCUUCCACUGGUUCUAGUAGCUCCGUCGAAUACAACUCCAAUUUUCACAGAUUACAAUCGCGAAACACGGAGGUGGACCUCGAGCGCCAUCGAACAGCGACCUCCCAGGCCCUUAGCCGCAUUGAAACACAACGUCUACAACAUGCGAUGACCGUGGGUGAGAGUGUGAAGUCGCGCCCAUCUCGACAGCCGUUGCCGGCGUUUGGUGCUGGAAAACCCUACCCUCCACACCUUCCCAACCGCGAUGAUUAUGUUGUAGAAUUCGAUGGCCCAGAAGAUCCCUUAUACCCCCAGAAUUGGCCAUUAAAACGAAAGAUCUACAUUACCGUAAUCCUUGCAUUCACCAGUAUCUGCUCAACAUUCGAUUCGGCCAUUUUCAGCACUUCAUCUUCCGCCGUUGCCAAAGUAUUCAAUGUUGGCCUCGAGGUCUCCGCGCUGUCGAGCUCGCUAUACAUUAUGGGCUACGCCUCGGGCCCGUUGAUCUGGGCACCCCUGUCGGAAUUGAAAGGCCGUCGCCCGCCCAUCGUCUUCGCCAUGCUUGGCUUUGGUAUUUUCAACACCGGCGUGGCUGUCGCUAAGGACCUGCAGACUCUCAUGAUUUGCCGUUUCUUCUGCGGUGUCUUUGGCAGUUCUCCCCUUGCCGUGGUUGCCGCUGUUUUUUCCGAUAUUUACAACAACCGCACGCGUGGCAUUGCCAUCGCUUUCUUCUCGAGCACGGUUUUCUUGGGUCCGCUUGUGGCCCCAUUUAUCGGUGGGUUCAUCAACAUGUCAUACCUCGGUUGGCGCUGGACUGCGUACAUUCCGGCGAUCAUGGGUUACGCGGCCUUUGUGAUGAACCUCUUCUUCCUGAAGGAGUCGUAUCCUCCCGUCGUUCUUGUCGACAAAGCGGCAGAACUGCGGCGCCGAACGAAGAACUGGGGCAUUCAUGCCAAGCAAGAAGAGAUCGAGGUUGAUUUCAAAGACCUAAUAAUCAACAACUUUUCUCGUCCACUCCGCCUGCUGAUCAAGGAGCCGUUGAUCUUGGCGGUGACCAUCUACCUCAGCUUCAUCUAUGGCCUCCUCUACUGCUUUUUGACCGCUUAUACCAUUGUUUUCCAGCAGGUGUAUGGCAUGAAUGCGGGCGUUGGUGGCCUCACGCUGUUCGGAAUGGUGGUUGGUCUUCUCAUCGCAGGAUCCUAUGUUGUCUUUUCUAGUCGGGGAUAUAACGUCAAACUAGAGAAGAAUGGAGGUGUGCCCAUCCCCGAAUGGCGUCUCCCGCCGGUGAUUGUCGGUGGUGUGCUGUUUGCUGCCGGUCUUUUCUGGUUUGGAUGGACGGGAUUCACCAACAGCAUUCCGUGGAUUGUCCCUACCCUCAGUGGGCUUUUCACAGGUUUUGGUCUCCUCAUUAUCUUCAUUCAGCUUUUCAACUACCUCAUUGACACCUAUCUCAUGUUUGCUGCAUCUGCAAUCGCCGCGAAUACCUUCUGCCGUUCCAUGGUUGCAGCAAGUUUCCCGCUUUUUUCACGUCAAAUGUUUGAUAACAUGGGUAUCCAGUGGGCUGGCACACUGCUGGGUUGUCUUGCGGCAUGCCUGGUCCCUAUCCCCAUAGCCUUCUUGCUCUUUGGAAAGAAGUUGCGAAUGAAGAGCAAGUUUGCCCCGUAUUUCGAGCCAGUUCAAGAAUCGCAUUGUGCGAACCAAGAUGAGGUCACCGAGGAGGAUAACGAGACAUCCUGA